ACAAGGCCAGCAAAGAAGCAUUUGAAAAUUUGCGUGAUGGAUACCGUAUGUCCAAGCCCCUGGGUUGUCCGCAGGAAGUGUACGAUGUCAUGCUCAUGUGCUGGCAGAACUGCCCACAUUCACGACCUUCAUUUGACUUUCUCAACACGUUUCUGCAUGACUUUGAAAGCUGA